GGAGGAGCGGCGCAGAGUAUCAAGGAGCUACGCGGAGAAAAGUUCUUCCACUGCAGAAGUGCACUGAAAGGAAGAAGGAAGAAGCAGCAAAGAGAGAGAUGGCAGCCCAGACUGAGCAGCCUCACUUGCACCUUGCAGAGCUCACAGCAGCCCAGUUCAUCGACAUCUGGAAACAUUUUGAUGCUGACGGAAAUGGAUACAUUGAAGGGAAAGAGCUGGAAAACUUCAUCAGAGAGCUGGAAACUGCCAGACGAGGAGCAGGCGUGGAUACCUCACAUGCAGCGUUCAAGGAAAAGAUGCGAGAGUUCAUGGCCAGUUUCGACAAGAAUUCCGACGGGAGGAUUGAGAUGGCAGAGUUGGCUCAGCUUCUGCCUACAGAAGAAAACUUCCUGCUGUGUUUCAGAGAGUUUGUGGGAUCCAGUGCUGAAUUUAUGGCAGCCUGGCGGAGGUAUGACACUGACCGCAGUGGAUAUAUCGAGUCAAAUGAACUGAAGGGUUUUCUGACAGACCUGCUGAAGAAAGCUAACAGAAGCUAUGAUGACAAGAAGCUCCAUGAGUACACACACACUAUUCUAACGAUGUUUGAUCUGAAUGGCGAUGGGAAGCUGGGUCUUUCUGAGAUGGCAAGGCUCUUGCCCGUGCAGGAGAACUUCUUGCUGAAAUUUCAGGGCAUCAGGCUCACCGUCAAGGAAUUUGACUCCCUCUUCACACUCUAUGAUAAGGAUGGUAACGGCUACAUAGACGAGCAGGAGCUGGAUGCUUUGCUGAAGGAUCUCUGUGACAAGAACAAAAUGGAUGUGGAAGUAACAGGACUGUCAGGCUACAAGAAAAGCAUCAUGGCUCUGUCAGACGGAGGGAAACUAUUUCGCGCCGAACUGGAGAUCGUCCUCUGUCGGGACUCCACGCUGUGAGACGCCUGCCCCCAUUGCCUCCUUCCUACCUGUGCAUGUGUGACCUUUAACCCCGCUUACACUGCUAGAGAGAAAACAAAAAGUGCUCCUACAAGCACACAGUGAACUGCUGGUCCUGAUGUUUAAGCUUCUUUUUUACAUAGUGAAAUAGCCCUAGCAAUAUUGUGUACUUGUUUAUUUUUGAAUACCCAUUUUAAUAUGUAUAUGCAGUUUUACAUUCAUCCAUCUAUGUCCCCGCCCCCACUUAACACUUUUGUUCAUGUGUUCUAUUUAUUUUACUUCAAUUCAAUGCCGUCUUGUUUAUUUCAUGAGGCUUGUACUGUUCAAUUAAAUAUAUUACAGAGAGAAUGAAUAAAUAUAACAACAGUCUCCUGCUCCAAA